GCACAGGGAACAGCCAUUCUCUCAGGAGGUCAGUCGCCUGCAGCAGGGAGUUGGAAACAGGAGCAACAGAGAAUUACCUGGCCACAGGCACAGUAAGCAUGAAUCCAAUUACUUCUCCGGGCCCCAUGGCCAACUCUGUAUAUGUGGUGGCACCCCCUAACAGUUAUCCUGCGGCCCCGGGAACCGUGCCUCAGGUGCCUCUGUACACAACCAACCUGCCUCAAAUCCAUGUGGUUUCUGCUAAUCCACCUGGUUUGGUGCCAGCUGUAACUGAGCUGCCUUCCCAGAAAGUCUUGAAAAAAGGCCAAGUCCUAGGGGCCAUCCAGAUCCUGAUUGGCCUGGUGCACAUUGGCCUGGGAUCCAUCAUGUUCACCAACCUCUACGGCAAUUUUGUGCCUAUCUCCCUCUACGGAGGUUUCCCCUUCUGGGGAGGCAUCUGGUUUAUCAUUUCAGGAUCUUUCUCGGUGUCAGCAGAAACUCAAGCCAAUUCCCCUUGCCUGCUGAAUGGCAGUGUGGGCUUGAACAUCUUCAGCGCCAUCUGUUCUGCAGUGGGCAUCAUACUCUUCAUCGUGGACAUCUGCCUCUCGAGAUCAUAUGUGUACCCCGGUGAUUACCCCAACCAGUACAACUGGGGUACGGGUACAGCCGUGGCUAUUUCAAGUACACUGCUCAUCUUCUGCCUCUUGGAGCUCAGCAUUGCCAGUGUGUCUUCCCACUUUGGCUGCCAGGUGACCUGCUGUAACUACAACAAUGUACCCGUGGUCAUCCCAAAUGUCUAUGCAACAAACACAGUGGUCUUCCCAGAACCAUCAAACCCAGUACCAAGUUAUUCCAAUGGAGCUCAAGACCCCAAAUAAAUGAAGCUGAAGAUUCUAGAAGAAUCUUCCAUGUGACAUUCUCUCCUGCCUAGGCUCCUGUAAGCCAGGGUCUUCCUUUCCUGACAAACUGGGGGAAAUGUCUUUCUUAUGGCUUAUAUUGUGGACUCCUGCUUCAGUUCACCCUGACAAAUCCUACCUGCUCUCUAGGGAGAUUGAAAUGGAUUUAAACAAAGAUGUCCUGUCAGGACACAUGAGCCUUUACCACAGCCUUGGUGGACACACAUCCAUGGAUUGCCUGCCUAGGGGAGUUCACAGGGUGAAAAAAAUAGCUAUUUCAUCAUCUAAACUUUUCUCUGUCAGUCAUUCAAUCAUUUAAUAAAUUGAGCAUCGGAAA